AUGUCAACUCUCGAACAUUAUAUGUUGCCAAGCAGUGAUCCAUAUGCAUUUAUUGAAUUUGCUGAACAUCAACCAGCAGCAAAUGCAUUACUUGCAAUGAACAAACGUUUAGUUAUGGGUAGAGAAAUUAAAGUAAAUUGGGCAACAACAUCAGCGAGUGGAAUAAAUAAAGUUGAUACAAGCAAACAUUUUCACAUAUUUGUUGGUGAUCUAGCACCUGAACUCGAUCAGAAUGCAUUACGCGAAGCAUUUUCUCCUUUCGGAGAAAUUUCAGAAAUCAAAAUUGCUAAAUUUACUGAUACACAAAAACCAAAAGGAUAUUGUUUUAUAUCUUUUACCAAUCAAAGUGAUGCUGAAACAGCUAUUACCAGUAUGAAUGGUCAAUGGCUUGGUACACGAAAGAUACGUACAAAUUGGGCGACAAGAAAAGGACCAAACAAUGAGCCAAUUACUAGUACACGAAAUCGAGAUUCACAUAAUAUUCAAUACGGUCAAGAAUCUUCGUCAUCAAAACUUGAUUUUAAUGAAGUAUGGAAUCGAACGAGUGAUAAAAAUACGACUGUAUAUUUUGGUAAUUGUGGUGAUGUUAGUGAAGAUUUAGUUCGUUCAUGUUUUGAACCAUAUGGUAAAAUAAUAGAAAUACGUAUAUUCAAAGAAAAAGGAUAUGCUUUUGUUAGAUUUGCUACCAAAGAAAAUGCUUGUCAAUCUAUUUGUCAUUUACAUGGUUCAGAUGUUCAUGGUUAUACAGUUAAAUGUGGUUGGGGACGUGAUGAAUCAAAUAAUACUGGAAAUAAUGUAUCGAAUUAUGGAAGUGGUAUGAAUAAUCAAAAUUAUAAAAAUAAUCAAUAUGAUUCUUAUUCUCAAAAUUCUUAUGGUCCACCAAUGAAUCAGAAUUAUAUGAGUAGCGGCGGUGGUGGUGGUGGUAGUGGUAAUAAUGCCGGUUAUGGAAAGUAUGGUGGUAAUUAUCAGCAACCAAAUUAUUCACAACAACAGUACUAUAAUUCUCAACAACAGUGGAAUAAUAAUGGACCACAAUCAUGGGAUCCUUAUUCUCAGUCUGCAGCUAGUGGUUGGAAUAAUAAUAAUAAUAAUAAUACUAAUAAUUACGCACCAAAUUCAAGUCAAUAUUAUGGUCAACAACAAUCCUACAUGUAUUCUUCCAAUUCAAGCUGGGGUCCAUCACAACGUUAA